CCUCCCAGCCUCGCAGGCCGGCUGCCUGCUCACCCAGCCAGUCGGUCGGUCUGGGCACUGCAGCAGGCUCGGCUCUGUCCCAGCACUCGUCUGGGAGGAAAGUGGUGUACUCACCCAGAGGAGUCUCUCUUUCUACCUUCCUUCUUUCUCAAUCUGCAUGCUUUUAUGUUUCUUUUUUUUUUUUUUUUUUUGACUUACUUAUAUUCCUAAUCCUGGAUGAAGUUGCUGGAUUCUGCAGCACAAGUCUUCAUGAACAAGCAGCACCGCUCAGAGAUUUCACGGCAUUCAAAGGUCACAGAACUGCCACUAUGGUUAAAUGUCUUGUUUAAUGGUUGAGAGGUGUGGCGAAAUUUUGUUUGAGAACCCUGAUCAGAAUGCCAAAUGUGUUUGCAUGCUAGGAGAUGUACGACUAAGGGGUCAGACGGGGGUUCCUGCUGAACGCCGUGGCUCCUACCCAUUCAUUGACUUCCGCCUGCUGAACAAUACAACACACUCAGGAGAAAUUGGCACCAAGAAAAAGGUGAAAAGACUGUUAAGCUUUCAAAGAUACUUCCAUGCAUCGAGGCUGCUUCGUGGAAUUAUACCACAAGCCCCUCUCCACCUGCUGGAUGAAGACUACCUUGGACAAGCAAGGCAUAUGCUCUCCAGAGUGGGAAUGUGGGAUUUUGACAUCUUCUUGUUUGAUCGCUUGACAAAUGGAAACAGCCUGGUAACACUUCUGUGCCACCUCUUCAACACCCAUGGACUCAUUCACCAUUUCAAGUUAGAUAUGGUGACCUUGCACAGAUUUUUAGUCAUGGUUCAAGAAGAUUACCACAGUCAAAACCCAUACCACAAUGCUGUUCACGCAGCCGAUGUCACCCAGGCCAUGCACUGCUACCUGAAGGAGCCAAAGCUUGCCAGCUUCCUCACACCUCUGGACAUCAUGCUUGGACUUCUGGCUGCUGCAUCACAUGAUGUUGACCACCCAGGGGUGAACCAGCCAUUUCUGAUCAAAACUAACCACCACCUUGCCAACUUGUAUCAGAAUAUGUCUGUGCUGGAGAAUCAUCACUGGCGAUCUACAAUUGGCAUGCUUCGAGAAUCAAGGCUUCUUGCUCACUUGCCAAAGGAAAUGACACAGGAUAUCGAACAGCAGCUGGGCUCCUUGAUCUUGGCCACAGACAUCAACAGGCAGAAUGAAUUUUUGACCAGAUUGAAAGCUCACCUCCACAAUAAAGAUUUACGACUGGAGGAUGCACAUGACAGGCACUUUAUGCUUCAGAUCGCCUUGAAGUGUGCUGACAUUUGCAAUCCUUGUAGAAUCUGGGAGAUGAGCAAGCAGUGGAGUGAGAGGGUCUGUGAAGAAUUCUACAGGCAAGGUGACCUUGAACAGAAAUUUGAACUGGAAAUCAGUCCUCUUUGUAAUCAACAGAAAGAUUCAAUCCCUAGUAUACAAAUUGGUUUCAUGACCUACAUCGUGGAGCCGCUCUUCCGGGAAUGGGCGCGGUUCACCGGGAACAGCCCCCUGUCGGAGAACAUGCUGAGCCACCUCGCGCACAACAAAGCCCAGUGGAAGAGCCUGUCGCCCAAGCAGCACCGACGCAGGGGCAGCGGCGGCGGCGGCCCCGACCACGCGGGCCCGGGGACCGAGCAGGAGGAGCAGACUGUGACGGGAGGCGACGCGCCCUAGUGCGGUUCCUGCCUGGGGCUCUUGUGAACGCCACCCUCCUCCUCCUCCCCUGCCUCCCCUCCUUUCUCCAAGUGUACAGAAGCCAUUUGUCACCUCAGCAUUAGCUGCCGAAAUGAGCAGCUCCAUUCAGGAACGUGGGAGCUGGUUCCAGGGGCAGGCUCGCCCCCCAGGAGGAGACUGGGAGUAAGAAAGAGGUGCUCUGCCAUGUCCCCAUGGCCCUGGGUCACACUGUGACAGGCGGCAGUGCCUCAGUCCUGAGCGUUGUAGCGCUUGCCAUCAGACUGCUGAUCUGCAUGACAAAAACACCAGCAUAUUUGGAACUCCAAGGAUAUUGGUCUUAAGUGCAAGAGCACAAAUGAGCUUGAGAGAAAGUACCUUCUAUUUUAAUAAUAAUUAUUAUUAUAAAAAUAAUAAUAAAUCUUUUUAACUUUUAUAUUUCAUGCACUAGACAAUGGAUCUAAAACUCUGGACUGAUUACUCAAUGUACCCAAACGGACAGGGGGUUCAUUGUUUUGAUAUUGACUUUAUGCCACUUUGGGUCAGAGAUUUGGCAUCUUCUGAGUUUAAGAAACCACGUUUCCUAAUCCGAUCCGAGGGGAAGGUGCUGUACAGUCCAUUCCUUUGCACCAUUAGCCAAUCUGUCUUUUAUGGAUUCACUGACAUGUUUAUAUUCACACAUGUACAUUUCUGUAAAUACCAAGCGCUACUGAUUCCCAUGCCAAAAUACAUGAGUAUUAUGGGAUUGCUACCUGUAUAAACAAUGGCACUGUGAACAGAAUACUGUUAGUUUUAAUACAAGAGAAUGCAUUUGUAAAUAUGGUAUAGAGUUUAUUAAUAUACUAUUGUUUGCAGAUAAAGGCCUUAACUUUAAACACCUUUCAUCUUCUGAAAGCUGCCCCCCUGAAAUCCUCACAGAUGUCUUUCUGAACUGCCUUCCCAUGUCCAUCUUUAUGCUUCCCAGCUAAGGUCACAAACCAAAACUGAAUAAAAUCUCUGAGGAAACAUUAUGGAAACUUCACAUGCAUUCCUCUUGAGACCAUAGUGUUUAAUCUAUGGCACCAAGCAUCGUUUCCUCAGAUUAAUGAGACCCUUCAGCAAGCCUGGAGUCACUUUUCAACGCAGCGAUGUUUUAACAAGCCACCUGAUAAGCUCGUGUUUACGUGACUCUUGUUAUGGAACAUGGUGGUGUGUCAGCCACACAGGAGACAUAGCAGGUCUCGAAAACCUUCUAUGACCCUGUCAUCUGACCAUCAGGGAAUUCCCUGCUCCCAUACCACACGUUUGUCUGUUAUGGCUACAGCACCAAAGUACUUUUGGUUUAUGGUUGGCAUGCAUUUCUUUGGUUUAAAUAGUAACUGAACUUCUCCUUUUCCUUAAUUUCAUGUGAACAACUACCCAACUGUUUAGUUGAAGUUAAUGUUAUUUAAGUAAAGAAAAUAUUUCAGUUUUAUGAUGAACUUUACCUUUCUAGCAGAUCAUUGUGGUUAAUUAUGGCUCUAGCUGGCAGAGUCACCUUGGAAUUUUGCUGCCAUUUUUUCUGCAGACACUUGGCCAUAAAAUCAAGCAUUCUUCUCUCAUCCACUAAACUCUGUAUAUUGAACUGUUUCUUUAGAAGUUCUAGCAUAACUAAUUUUAGAUGAAAAUUGUUGAUGCCCCUUUCUAUUUACCUUACACAGUGUGGUAGGGGGGGAACGUUCAUUUCUGCCACUAUCAAGCUGUUUCUCAUGCUGAUAGAAUGACAGCUAACUCUAAUUUUCUGAGUGCAGCUGGUUUGUUUUUUCUCCUAAGAUACUAACGAAAUGUUAGAAACUUGAGUGGCUUGUAAUAAGUCCCUGUAGAGAGACUGAGGCUUGCAGAGUUAAGGUUUAGGGGAAAUUUUGGACAGUUUGUUAUAUUUUCUUUAAAGUAGGAGAGAUUGUCAGAUGGUGCUAAAGAAAGUGUGAAGAUCUUAUGAAAUGGGUGGGUGAUACGUUGAAAUUAUUGAUAGGGGUAAGAAGAGAGGCUGUGAAACUUAACACUAUCUUUGUUUUUGUUUUUGUUUUUCUGUGAUAACUGUGACCUGACAUAUGUUUCUUUAUUGCUCCGAUACUCUGAAGUUCUCAGCUUGGUGAGGUCCCGAAAGAGAAUGUGUUGGAUGUAUUCCUGUUUCUGAACCUUUCUUACUUUGGUUUGAUGAUGCAGAGAGGGCUUUUGAGUAGUCUAUUUUUAAUGUAUAUGAGAUCAAAUCAAGGAAAGCAAUUGCUGGGCAUGAGAAAGUAGAGAUAGGAAAGAGACACUGUUAGCUAAUGGGACCUCUAUCUUGAGUAUAGGAAAUGGACUUUGCUUAAAUUAUGAUUUUACCAUAACUUAAAUAAACAAGAUUGGGGGUAUUCUUACUAGGUCCAAGUUUAUAGGGCAGAAGUGUUUAUGCUACAAUUGGGUCUUGAAGAAGAAUUCACAGAGAAAACUACUAAAUAUCCAGUGGUUAAGCCUAUGAAGUAGUUACUAGUACAAUAAAAAUCUGAAGUAAAAUGAGACAUGAGGCAUAAACUGGAUGCAUCUGUCUCCUUCAUUCAACCUCUGGAGAUUUCUUGAGUUUCUCAUUUGUUGGCAGAGAGAGAGAAAGAGAGAAUGUGAAAAUUUCUUUUUUCUUGCCUGCUAGUGGCUAUCUUGCAAUAUUUCAACAGAAGGAGUAUAACUGCUAGAUAAGACACAGGUAUUGGAUCAUCCAUGGGUUUUAUCUUAACAAUCUUAUUCUCCUAGUCUAUAGACUAUCAAUAGUUGACUUAUCAAGUUUAAUUCUUCUAUUGCUUGAGAGGAAAGGAAUGAAAGGGCUAUUUUUAGUAAGCUGAAGGUAAAGACUGAAUUAAGAAAGAGAAAGAAUAUAUAUAUCACUGCCAGUCCUGAUAGGCAAAGCCUGCUUUUCCUUUUAAUAGCAGCGAUGAAUAGUCAGGACUCAUUCAUGAAACCCCGACCUACCCAUAACCUGCUAGGCUGAGUAAAAACCAGGCUCUGUCUCUCCCUGCUUACAGCUUCCCACAAAGGGACUUGGAGCGUGUCCUGCAACCCUGUUUUCAGAGAGUGCUUCCUACAAAACACAGACCUAUUUUGCAGUCUUUUCUCACGUUUGAUCAGAUCUGCUCAUUGAUUUGGAUUUGGUUAUGAGCUUGUAUCUCACUGUAUUUCUCAUGCUUUGUUCUUUUAAGCACCUUUAAAAUUGUGUCAUUUUGUGUACACAUGUGAGGUUUAAAAAAACCUUGUGAGUUUUGCUCAAAAUGUGGCCUAAAUAUUCAUUGGCAUGUCUACAUGAACAAUUAAAAAUAAAGAUAAUUUCUUUAAAAUA